AUGUCUGAGACUCUGUACUAUCACCAUGGACGUUUUCCAGUUGCGGGGGGCGUCUUGCCAGACGCUGUGACGGCUUAUCGCGUCUAUGGCGAUCCUGCGAAGCCGUGCGUCGUGUUUCCGACGUGCUAUGGAGGCCGACUCGAUAACAUGGGAUUGCUAGGUCAGGACUACAUGAUAGGGCCGGGUAAGGCUCUUGACCCGACCGAGUACUUCAUCGUGACCAUAGCCCUGUUCGCGAACGGCGAAUCAUCAUCGCCAUCCAAUACCCCCAUCCCCUAUAAUGGCCCGUACUUCCCGUACGUGAACUACGAGGAUAACGUGCGCGCACAACACGCGCUGCUGGUCAAUCAUCUGCACAUCAACAAGGUCUUCUGCGUCGUUGGCUUCUCCAUGGGUGGCCAGCAGGCAUACUACUGGCCCGUCAUGUACCCUGAGCUUGUGGAGCGCGCGGUUGUCAUCUGCGGUUCCGCGCGCACAAGUCCUCAUAAUCAAUGCUUCCUCGAAGGCCCCAAAGCCGCACUAGUCGCGUCCAAAGACUUCCACGACGGACAUUACACCUCGACACCACAACACGGCAUUCGCGCUUUCGCGCGCGUUUAUAGCGCAUGGGCAUACGGCCAGACAUGGUACCGCAAGCACAUGCACCUCUACGACGGCAAAUACGCCAACCUCGACUCCUUCAUCCGCGAAGAAUGGGAACAGUCCUUCGUCGAGCACUGGGACGCCAACGACAUGCUCGCGCUGCUCAAGACCUGGCAAACGGGCGACGUCUCGCGCGUGCGGCACGGCGGGGAGCUCUCGCUCUGUUUGAAGGAUAUCAGGGCGAAGAUGCUGGUGAUGCCGUGCGAGACGGAUCUGUAUUUCCCGCCGGAGGACAGUAGUUUUGAGGUCGAUUGUUUGAGGGAUGGGAGGUUGGAGAUUAUUGAUUCGGUUUGGGGCCAUCUUGCUGGGGGCGGCGCGAAUGAGGAAGAUCUGGAGUUCUUGACCUCGAGGAUUAGGCGGUUCUUCGCAGAAGAUUGA